AUCGGACUUAAUUAUCUCAUUUAGUGCGAGCUAUACAGAGGCGAAAACGAAAUUUUACUCAGCGAUCUGUGAAGAAGUGAUCAUGUCAGAGCGAAACAACGUAAUAGCUUUUUCUGCUUCCUUUAUUGCAGGAGGAGUUUUGUCGUACGUUAUAUCGAAUAUUGUUCUUCCAAAGCUUCAAGGAAAGACGCAACCCAAGGAUGUAAUAAAUGAUUCCAUUGAAAAAGAUAAAGCUAAAGUAGUUCAUUCUUAUGAUAUUGAAGACAUAAAUGAAAGCACAGCAUUUUGCAGAUGUUGGAAAUCAAGCAAGUUUCCAUAUUGUGAUGGUACACACAAUGCACAUAACAAGUUAUCUGGUGAUAAUGUUGGUCCUGUUUUGUUAAACAAGAAAUAAUAAUUUAAACUUAAAAAACAUUUUAAAUUCUUUUACAAGCAAUUAUAACAUAUCAUCUUAUUAUAACAAUUCAUUAUCACUGA